AUGUCAGAGCCCAUCGAGAUGGCCCCCUUGGAGGGUAUAAAGAGCGAUGACACAGAUACAUUCAGCGAUCGUCUGAAUGCUGUGCAUUCUGUGGACCAGUACGGGCUACAGAACAACACUCCCAUCGCCGUAGUCCCGCACCUAGAGUCCACGCAUGAGCGCGUCGGCUGGACGAUUUGGAUGCUGACCGUGUGUGCCGCCUUGUCUGGCUCGCUGUUUGGAUAUGACACGGGGUACAUUUCAGCUGUGCUUGUUACAAUUAAAAGCGACUUGGGACAUCCCCUCAGUGACUGGCAAAAAGAAAUGGCGACGGCUGCGACUUCGGUCGGCGCGUUGAUAGGUGCGGUGUGCGCCAUGUUCCCUUCGGAAUGGUUUGGUCGGCGUAUUGUGAUUGCGCUUGCAAAUGCUGUCUUUAUUGUUGGCGCUAUUGUCCAGGCGGCGGCGCAAAAUAUAGGGACCCUGAUUGCUGGGCGUCUCGUGGUGGGAAUUGGUGUUGGGGUUGCGAGUAUGAUUGUCCCACUCUGGAUUGGCGAGCUUGCGCCAGCGCAUUUGCGUGGUCGUCUCGUUACCCUAAACGUUGCUUUUCUUACCAUGGGACAGCUCAUUGCCAACGGAGUCGGCGCGGGCUUUCAACACGUCAAAGGAGGCUGGCGCUACACUGUUGCUGGCGGCGCGAUUCCUGCUAUCAUUUCUCUUAUUAGUAUGGCGUGGCUGCCAGAGUCGCCGCGGUAUGAUGGGCGCCGCGGAAGGAUCGACAAGGUGACGCGUACAUUCCAGCGCAUCUACCCCGAUGCGUCCGAAGAGAGCUGUCGAUUGCGCGCCGAGCAAGUUGCUGAAGCUGUGAGUGAAGUGCAGCAAUUGGGCAAGCAGCUUCCUUUCCACAUGCGCCUGCGGAAACUGUUUACUGGGGCCAACGCCAAGGCACUUGCAAUUGCAUGCGGACUUCAGGCACUUCAGCAGCUUUCAGGUUUUAAUACGCUCAUGUCCUACAGCGGCACUAUUUUUGCAACCGUCGGCCUAAAAGAGCCGCUGGCAGUGUCGAUGGUCGUGAGCGCGACCAACUUUAUCGGUACAUUGAUCGCUUUCAAGUUCAUCGACAUUAUUGGACGGCGGCGUGUGUUGCUGUACACAGUGCCUUUGAUGGCGCUUGCUCUGAUAUUUUGCUGCGUAUGCUUUGUCUACAUUUCCCCCGUCACCAUUAAUACAGACGAGCUGAACGAAGACCAGAUCAACCAGACUUGGGCCGACUUGCUUAUUGUUGGGAUCAUGUUCUACGUUUUGUUUUACGCGCUCGGUCUCGGAAAUGUGCCGUGGCAGCAGGGCGAGCUUUUUGCGAUUGAGACGCGCGCAAUUGGGACGAGCAUUGCAACGGCGACUAACUGGGCAUUUAAUCUGCUGAUCAACGCUACGUAUUUGUCCAUGGUCCGUUCGAUCACCGCUUCCGGUGCGUUUGGGUUCUACGCUGGGCUGUGUGCGCUGGGUGCAGUGCUUAUUUUCCUCGGAUACCCCGACACGCGCCAAUUGUCGCUCGAAGAGGUGCACUGCAUUUUCAAGGGCUCGUGGGGUAUCCGCGCGGCGGAAGAGCUGCGUGCCCAAAAAGCCCAAGUCGCUCGACUGGCCAAGGCGCGUGAUGCAGAGACGGACAUUGACAUAUCCACGCACGUACUUGUAUCCAGCAGUACCAUGCACGCCACAGAAUCAGGUAUGAAUACGCCCCGCGGUUCGUGCCCAGACGAGCCUUUGCGGAAGCGCGACAUGCUCGACGAGUGCGCUGAUGACACUGUCGCGGCCGUGCAACCGACGCGCAUCACCGGAUCCAUGCCAGCACUGCCGUUCAAUGUGCCAGAUAGUGUCCACGCGGCGCGGCGCUCGCAAUCGUUCUCGAGUCCGUACACGUCCAUGGACGAGGUCGACCCCAUCCCAAUCCCGUUGGUGGACAUGAGCGAGAGCACCAACCCCCUUUCCCAGAUGGGAUACCGUGGAAAUGCACUCAUGCUCUUUGUCACAUGCUUUGCAAGCCUUGGCGUAUUUAUGUUUGGCUACGACCAGGGCGUUAUGAGUGGGAUUUUGACCGACCCCUCCUUUGCCGCAUAUUUCAAGAACCCGUCUGCCACACAGAUCGGGACAAUGGUCGCGAUCCUCGAGAUUGGCGCAUUCAUCACGAGCCUUAUGAGCGGUGUGCUUGCAGACAUUUAUGGGCGCAAGCGUGUCAUUGUUUGGGGCGCACUUCUCUUUUCGCUAGGGGGCCUCGCCCAGACCAUGGCCAACGGCUUUGCGAUGAUGGUGAUUGGCCGAUUUGUUUCUGGAUUUGGCGUAGGGUUCCUGAGCAUGAUUGUGCCGACGUACCAAAGCGAGGUAUCCCCCGCCGAAAACCGCGGUAAACUGGCGUGCAUCGAAUUUACGGGCAAUAUUGUGGGAUACAUGGCAAGUAUCUGGUUUGAUUAUGGGUGCAGUUUCUUUUCGGGGAAUGCGUCGUGGCGCGUUCCGCUCUCGGUGCAACCCCUCAUUGGGCUUACUCUUGCGUUUGGGUGUGUUCUUCUUCCCGAGAGCCCGCGCUGGCUCCUGGACAAGGGCCAGGGCAAGGAAGCGAUGCAUGUACUCACAGAUCUGCACUGCACAGACGAUCCGGGAAAUACGCGCGCCAAGCUUGAGUACUGGGAAAUCCAAAACAGUGUGUUGCAAAUGCAUGCACAAGGCGACCGAUCCUAUAAAGCAAUGUGGAAAACACUGCGACACCGCACACUGAUCGGCAUGUCCUCGCAGAUGUUUGCACAGUUGAACGGCAUCAAUGUGAUUAGCUAUUAUGCACCGCUUGUGUUUGAGAGUGCUGGAUGGCUCGGCCGCGAUGCGAUUCUCAUGGCGGGCAUUAAUGCGAUUGUGUACGUGGCAUCCACAAUUCCAACCUGGUUCUUGGUCGAUACCUGGGGUCGGCGCCCCAUCCUCCUCUCUGGAUCGCUGCUCUGUGCGCUCACACUUAUGCUCUGUGGUCUCUUUUUGCGUGCAAAUGCAUCCUAUACACCGCAAGCCGUGGUCUUUUGUGUGAUCUUGUUCAAUGCUGCCUUCGGCUACUCAUGGGGACCAAUUCCAUGGGCCUGGACGCCAGAAAUCAUGCCCCUCGCAUUCCGUGCAAAAGGCGCGUCGCUGAGCGCUGCCACCAACUGGUUCUUCAACUGGAUUGUCGGGCAGCUUACGCCUGUGCUGCAGGAAACAAUUUACUGGCGACUGUACAUUCUACAUGCCUUUUUCUGCCUGUGUUCGUUUGUUGUCGUUUACUACUGCUAUCCUGAGACGCAAGGCGUCCCGCUCGAAGAGAUGGACACGAUUUUUGGCGACGCAGGUACACGUGUUCCUCAAAACAACGAUACACUGCCGCGGAAUGGGUCCGAUCCCGAAGUAUACCGCAUUCGGCGGUCGAUCAGCACACAUCCGCGCUUCCUUAUGGAUACGUUCAGCGAUACGCCGCUGGGCGCAGCGCAUACCGCGGAGCGUAACUGGCUCGCAGCCAACUUGAAACGUGUCUAUUCGGCCGUCGCAGGACUGCAACAUGGGGAAAGCGCCGACCGCGGGGAGUAUGAAACAGUGGCACAAUAG